AUGGAUGAUUGUAGACAUGUCUUUUGUGAGUUUUGCCUUUCGCAGUACAUCAAGUAAAACAUCUAGUAAGGGAGAAUAGAGUAGGCAAUAUUAUGUCCUUAGUGUUCAAAGACUACAUUGAGCAACAAACAGUUGAAUAGAUUGGUGAAUGAAAGUGAGUUUGAAAGGAUUCUUAACAUGUAAUUAAGAUAGGUUGACAAUUUGGAAGCAACUGAGUGUCUCAAAUUUUGCUAGAAUUGUGACUACGCUGAGUUUAUCUCAGUUAAAGCUGAUAAAUUUCAAUGUAUGAAAUGCAAUAUCAAGAUAUGUCCGAGUUGCAAUCUUGAGCCGCACCCGAACCUGAGUUGUAAACUUUAUAGGGAGUCUGUGAUUUCAUAACAAGCAGAGUCUAAUAAUGUUGAUUCUGCAAUUGAGGGGGUUAAGCCUUGUCCUAAGUGUGGUUUUUUAAUUGAGAGGUAGGAUGGAUGCAACUUUAUGACUUGCAUUUCAUCAUUGUGUAUGAGAAAAACUUUCUUCUGCUAUCUUUGUGGUAUUGAGUAGAAGUACUCUGCUCAUUUUAGUCAUUAUAAAUAUAAAGGCCCAUUUGGUGAUACUUGUAAUACUAUCGAUUAGGUUAAUGAAGACUCUGAUGAAAGCGAUGAAAGUGACCUUGAUGAUAUUUAAUUUUGA